UUAAAAAACAUUCACAGUAACGAAUUAUAACGUUAUAAGAUUGGUUAUUUUGGCAAAACAUAUAAUAACACACUUAAUUUUUGAUUAAUCUAGUUUAAAUUUCGAUCGUUUGAUAAGAAACGAAGUACAGUUGGAAGAAAUGUUUUCGAAAUAGUGGGCGACCUCUUCCACGACUCAAGUCAACGUUGUGUUAUCCGAGCGGAACUUGAAGGCGUCAUAAAACAGGCAGCACAAUCGCCACAGGCGGCGACUUCAACAACCCGUCUCGGCUCUCAGAAAACACAGAAACUUUAACACUGGCAAAAGUGUUAGACCUCCGCGCUGUCCAUACGUUAUCUCAACACGUUUGUAGUCUGUUUGUGAAGGCUAAGACUCUGAAUUCAGCAUGACGAGUGAAGCCGAGCUCUUGUGCUUUUGAACAAGGUUGGAAAGACAGCUAAAGCAACAGUUGUUGGAAAAUCUAAGUUAGCCCGGUGCUUGUCAAUUUGGAAGUCGGACUUCAGUUAUUGAUACAAAUACUUGACGACGUGGACUUUUGCGUAAGAAACGAAGAGAUUCCUAGCUGUAUAUGUUUUACUUACUGACCUACAAUUAAGAAUUUCUACGCAAGCAAAAUUUCAAACGUGGGGCGCCUAUAGCUAAAGGUGCUGAAUGGCCUCUGUUGUAGCGGUGAAAACUGAGAAACGAACUGCAGCUGAUUCACAGGAUGCAGAUUCAAAUGGAAAGAAACCCAGGAAACUGCUGCCCAGCCUGAAGACAAAGCAUGCCCCCGAGCUUGUCUUGGUGAUUGGCACCGGGAUAAGCUCAGCUGUGGCCCCACAAGUCCCUGCCCUUCGCUCCUGGAAAGGACUUAUUCAGGCCUUGCUCGAUGCCGCCAAUGACUUUGACUUACUUGAAGAGGAGGAGAGCCGGCGUUUCCAAAAGCACAUGCAGGAAGAUAAAAAUUUGGUGCAUGUAGCUCAUGACCUAAUUCAGAAACUUUCCCCGAGAACAGGUAAUGUGCGAUCCACAUUCUUCAAGGACUGCUUGUACGAGGUGUUCGAUGAUUUGGAGUGCAAGAUGGAGCACGCUGGGAAACACCUACUGCGCUCUGUCCUACAGUUAAUGGAGAGCGGCGCAUUAGUCCUCACCACCAACUUCGACAACCUGUUGGAGAUUUAUGCAGCUCACCAAGGCACAAAACUAGAGUCUUUGGAUCUGACUGAUGAGAAAAAGGUGUUAGAGUGGGCUCAGGAGAAGCGACGGUUAAGCGUUCUACACAUCCAUGGUGUCUACACCAACCCGUGUGGGAUUGUGCUGCACCCCGCUGGCUACCAAAAUGUAUUGAGGAACACCGAGGUUAUGCGUGAGAUCCAGAAGCUUUACGAGACCAAGUCAUUUGUUUUCCUGGGCUGUGGACGCACAGUUGACGACACAACCUUCCAGGCUUUGUUCUUGGAGGCGGUCAAACAUAAGUCCGACCUAGAGCACUUCAUGCUAGUGCGGCGCGAGGAUGUUGGGGAGUUCAAAAAACUGCGGGACAACAUGCUGGAUAAAGGCAUCAAGGUCAUUUCCUAUGGGGACGAGUACUCAGACCUGCCUGAGUACUUAGAGCGGCUGGCCAGUGAGAUCUGCUUUCGAGAUGUGUCAACCAAUGACUGGGAAGCAAAUCGUUGUGACUGUGGAGGUUCUGCUGUAGGGGAAAGUGGGGGAAAGUUAUUCACUCAUCCUGCAAAGAAGGGAGACAUGGCUUUCAGAGGGUUUUAAAAUGGGGCUAGGGGCAGCAGAACGGCUUUAACACUCAGAAAUACCUUCUUGAAGGUUAUGAUUCAAAGCUUCAUCAUGCAGAUGUCAAGCUGUGGCUACAUACUAGAUUUCUACUGCAGCAAAUGAGGGUUCUCUUCCCAUGUCUUGGUAGGACUAGAUCUCGAUAGUCAAGUCUAUUUGUUCCGUUAGGGUCAAUAAAACGUGUUUUCAUAGUUUCAGCUGACUGCACAAUCGCAUUCAUGGAAGUCUGCUUCAUCAACGUUUAUCUUUAUUGCAAAUCCAUUAUUUUUGGAGGUGGGCUGUCUUUGAAUUUUUCAUUUUUACCCAAUGAGGGAUCAGUCUCAAGUAUUUUUUUUGCCUAUCGUGUGAAAAUCAUGGCCUUUGUCAUUUUCCUAGUUGUUUUGAGGAAACUCCCAUUGACGUUGUUGGUAAACUAUUCACAAUAAAUGUGACUCAAUGUAAUCUUUCAUGAGUCAUUUUAUUGGCUUGUAUGGGAUGGUAAAUUUCAUGUUAGACCUGCUCCCCACGUGCAUACAUUAACAUGGGAUUGGCGCCAUAAAUCCAACAUUGUCGACGUCUUCCCCAUUCAACACAGGAAAACAGGACAACCUGACAUGGGUACAGGACUAUGAUGAAUAUUGUAUGUUAUUUACACUUCCAAUAUUUUUUUUUUGCAUUACCAUUUUUGGUGUGGAGUUUAAGUACCUGUGUGUUUGUAAUGGUAUUUAUAAAUCCAGUACUAUUUUCCAAAUAAAGCUUUUGGUAUCCCAUUUGUGUUGUCAAGUGUGUCAAUGAACGGGCAUAAACAAAUUUCCACAUUGCAGGCCGUGUACAGCAGCUUUAUUUAGAAAUGUUUACAUUCUCAUAAAUUAGCUCAUAACCGUAGAUUCCCUUAUACUGCAAGUAAAAGGGGUGAGAUGUUUAAGUUCCUCCAAGAAAGAAACCAAUCAGGAAUACAUAACCAUCCUAAAGAAAAUGGGUUAUAGUAAUAAUUUACAAAAAGUAUUUUUUGUGUCUUUUCCAUGAUUUAAUCUUAUUAGGCUGGUGAGGAAUGAAAUAAAGUUGGGGUAGGGGAUUUCCUAUCAGAGCCCAUGGUACUUUUUUUGUCCGUGGGGGGCAGUAGGACACGACAGCCAUUGAAUGUUUAUCACACAUUUGUAUUUGUGGGUUGACUGGGGCUUUUUGUAACAAUUCUUGUAAGGUUGGUGUUUUUUUUUUUGCGUUUGUCCAAAUGCUCUUGUUGGGCAUGCGGUUCACUUUGUAAAAAUAGUUUAUAUGUAAAUUUAUAUCCAA